GGGCGGACGCGCUAGACACGGUGAAAAACAUGAUGGGGUAGCGGGAGGAAGAAGGAGGCAUGUAGUUGCACCAUCUGCGCAGCUGCAAUUAUAUAUAGUUAUACGGUAUAGGAGCGCUCUUGCUAUCAGCGUUCUUCAUAUACUUGCGAGGUUGAGACACGCUCUUCUUCAGUAUGUGAAGAUACUUUUACUGCUACCCAUCAAAUUCAAAAAUUGCAAUGCAUCUGCACCACCCGCCCAUGUAGUAGCCCCGCGGUUUUUAUUGGAACUCGCCCCCUGCUUCAGCUCACCCCGUAGCUCGUCAUGAUCAUACCCACCAGGUUGUGGAAAUAAUACCGGAGUUCCUCGGCAUCGGCAUGUUGUAAAAUGAAUGUAACAGAGAAAUUUAUAGACAGGGAGUAGGGAGGACCCUGGAGGACCAGGGAGGACCAGGGAGGAGCGUUCGCGUCUAUAUAAAAAAAGCAUCGGGCAUUUUUUCAAAAUGUGUUCACCGAUGGCAUGGCGAACUUUCGGGCCAAGGCCCCUUCAGCUUUCUGAUAGCCAUACCAAUAACAACUGCGUGACGAAAUUGAACAGCGACGCAGUAAAUUGUUGAAGUAGCCACUUCAACAGUUUGCGUUGUUGUUCAGUUUACAACUUGCCAUGCAGUUGUUAUGGAAGUGGCUACUUCAAUUCGCACAGGCAAACUGUUGAAGUUGCCAUUUCAAAAACUUGCGUUGUGCAAAUUUUUGAAGUAGUCACUUCAACAAUUUGCGUUCUUGUUGUUGUUCGGCUUGGGUUUGCAACGUGUCACGCAGCUUGUGUUGAAGUGGCUACUUCAACUUCGCGGAGAGUUGAGGUAGCCAUUUGAAUAGCAAGCGCAUGACAAAUUGCCACAAUAGUGACAAUUUAUUGAAAUUGAACAAAAAUUGCGAAAGUGGCCACUUCAACAAUUCGGGUUCUGCGAAUUGUUGAAGUGGCCAUGAUUUCAAAAAUUCGGGCUGUGCAAAGUGUUGAAAUGGCCAUUUCAACAAAACCCUAAAUUGCAAUUGUUGAAAUGGCCAUUUCAACAUUUUGCACGACCCGAAUUAUUUCAACAAUUCGCAGAACCCGAAUUGUUGAAGUGGCCAUUUCAACAUUUUGCACGACCCGAAUUAUUUCAACAAUUCGCAGAACCCGAAUUGUUGAAAUGGCCAUUUCAACACUUUGCACAACCCGAAUUGUUGAAGUGGCCAUUUCAACAAUUCGCAGAACCCGAAUUGUUGAAAUGGCCACUUCAACACUUUGCGCAACCCGAAUUGUUGAAGUGGCCAUUUCAACAAUUCGCAGAACCCGAAUUGUUGAAGUGGCCAUUUCAACAAUUCGCAGAACCCGAAUUGGUGAAAUGGCCACUUCAACACUUUGCACAACCCAAAUUGUUGAAGUGGCCACUUCAACAAUUUGGGUUGUGCAAAUUGUUGAAAUGGCUACUUCAACAAUUUGCGUUGUGCAAAUUGUUGAAAUAAUUGCGCAAAAUGUUGAAGUGGCCACUUCAGCAAUUCGGGUUUUGUUGAAAUGGCCACUUCAACAUUUUGCACAACCCGAAUUGCUGAAGUGGCCACUUCAACAAUUCGCAGAACCCGAAUUGUUGAAGUGGCCACUUUCACAAUUUUUGUUCGCACACGACGCAAAUUGUCGACAUAGCCACUUCAACAAUUGGCGUCGUUGUCCAGCUUCAGUUUGCAACGUGUCACGCAGCUGCUCACGACACUCUGGUGGAGAGUUGAAGUGGCCACUUCAUCAAAAGCUGCAUGACAAGUUGCAAACUGAACAACGACACAGAUACUUCUUGCUGCAGUGGCUAUAAUUUGAACGCGUUUGCGUUGUUGUUCAAUUUCAACAACUGCCACUACUGUGGCAAUUUGUCAUGCAGUUGUUGAUCGAAGUGGCUACUUUUUCAACUUUCUUCCGAUGGAGGACAGUUUGAGUAGCCACUUCAAUAGUUUGCCCUUCAUUUCUGCGCUACAGCUUGCCAAUCAUGAUGGCAAUUUGUAACGCAGAAACGAAGGACAGGAGAAAGCUCUUCGCGUUUCUUUUGUCCUUCAUUUCUGCAUUUGUAACGCAGAAACGAAGGAGAAUGAAGCUACUGAGAGUUGAGAAAGCCACGGCAACAGCUUCGCACUUCCUUGGCCCCUCAGCCUCAUUUGUGCGCUACAGCUUGCCAGCCGUUGACUUUGGCAAGCUGCCACGCAGGCGAGCGCCAUAGCCAUAAAACUCAGGCGCCAAAAGUCGCGCCGCCGUGCAGUUUUCGCCGGGAGUUGGGUCCGAGGGAGGAAGGCUGGACUUCGCUCCCGGGAGCUGAAUCCAGACGCGCUCUCUGUUCGUAGAGCAUGGCGCAGAGCAAGGGGCGCACAAGUGGCGACCCCUGUUAGGUAGCGCAAGUUCCCCACCCACUUUCCAAAAAGUUUCCAAAGCCCCAAGCUCUUGGCGUGUCUGUUGCCCGCCAGCCGGGGCGCCGUUUGUGCGUGCCGUGUCCUCGGCUGCCCAGCUCGCGUCGCGUUUGGCAUUGGGAAGACACUCCGGCGUGGCGCGCCGCCGGGCCCAAUUUUAUUUGGAGCCGCCUGGCACUAAGUACAAACACCGAAAGGGCUGCCCUUCGUGGGUCUUGCGCUUUUCGCCAUGCCCAGGGGCGCCCGCUCCCUUUGUUGUGUCGGUGGCCCUUUUGGGGUCACCAGCGCCCCGCGCGCGCGAUGUUGGCAGAGCAGCGCGGGGCGGGGGCGUUGUGGCAAGGCGGGGCCCCGCGCGGUUUUUGCAGGCCAGCCUUCGGGAGGUCCGUCCCGCGAGUGAGGUCGCCCGCGACCGGGCAAAAUGGCAGGCCGGCGGGGAGGCGACUUGGCCCAGGAGCCAGGAUGGCAGCGGGCGCACGCAAAUACCUCCCGCUGACCUUGCCGCGGCGCCAGUGGGUGCGUCCGUUGGUGCUGUAGGGUAUUGCGGCUCUUUGGCGAUCGCGGGCGAAGCAACUCGGGGGCGGGGGCUAAGGCCCCCCCUGCGCUAGCUUUUGACUGGGCCCGGGCUUUGGCCCCUGCGCCACCCCGGGUGGGCCGCGCCGCCCUUUGGGUGGGUCGUUAGAAGUUGCCCGGGCCAGGCCCCCCCGCCGGUUUUUUGUUGCAGAGUGAAAGAACAGCCGCGCGCCGGGGGCCCGGCGCCCGCUGGCUUUUGCGCGCGAAGCCCGGAGGCUUCUUGCGGCCGGCCGCAAGCGGCAAGCGUCUCUCUGGCCUCCGCGGCCUUGUGCGCAGCGCCCGGCCCAACCCGAGCGACCGCCCGCGGUCGCCCCAAGGCCCCGGCGGCUAUUUCAUUCGGGCGGGCUAGGGGGGCUGGUGGUGUUCCAUUCCCGCCCCGGCAUAGGCGCGGGCUUCUUUUGUAGCUAUGCUCGCUGGGGAUGGGGUCCGGAAUGGCUCCGGGCGGCUUUGGCCCGCCGCGGCCCAGCGCAGUGAGUGCUUCCGAAAGAAAGUAUUUCAAGGGGGCGCCGGGUGUUUUCUGCGUUGGCUUUCAUUCUAUUGGCUUUGGAAAAUUUUGGGAAGGCUUCGGGGAGAUAUUCGGGAGGCCCCUGCCGUGCUCUUUCAAGUUUUUCCAGAAAAAAGAAGAGCUUACAGCUUGGACGGCCGUUAGAAAAGAGGCGGGCGAUUUUAUAGUGAUUUUAGAGGAAGGGGGCGCGUUAGGUUUUUAAUUUUCCGAGUUCGCCGAUGCGUGCCUGCUCUAGGCGUGUGGUGAGUAUUUGCCUAAGUAGGCUUAAUUCGAGGCGGGCGCUGCAUUGUGUUGGCGAUGUUUUUCGGGUGGAUUUUGAAAAAAAAAAAACGUCGCAAAAACAUCGCGAGUAACACCAGAAGAGCAUGCUCUCAGCACCACUGUGCUUUUCUUUGUUCGCUGGUGAAUUUGCUUCGUCGUUUUUGUGCGUGGAUGUUGCAAAAGGCCAGCCAAAAAAAAACACAGAGCGCCAUCGGAAAUAAUUUUAAACCGCACGCUACGGCGUCAUCAUGAAAAAGCAGUUGCUUUGCGGCUCAAAAAAGUUGUUCAAAAGUUGCUGGUGACUUUACAACAAAAAAAGAUGCUUUGGCUCUCAAUUUUGGAGCCAAAAUAUCGACCAUAGCGUGCAGUUUGCCGGCACGCAACCCGUAAAGUCACCAUAAAGUCACCCUAAAGUCACCGCUAAAAUCACCAACAUCCGGACGGAAAAAAAUCCAAACCCAACCCGCAUUGGAAAUUGCCGAUUUGGCCUGGUAGAAUUCGCAUCGAAAAAGUGCCAAUCCCGGUGGUAGUAGGGACAUCGGCAAGGCUUAGCGACGUCAGUUUUGGUCUCGUGUGUCGAAAAAAGCAGCGCAAAAAUUGAGAGCGCUCGCCGCAUUAGAAAUUGCGCAUUUUGCCUUCUGAAUUUUUGAAAAUUUUGCCUGGAAUGCCGAUGGUAUGGUGCUCGUAUCUUGGCCCUCCUUUGUCUCCUCUUGUUGGUAUCUUCUCCUUUGCUCUCAGGGACAAAAAUAAAGAAAUCUUCUGAAGGCAAUGAGGCGUCUUUUUUUCGGCGCCAUGCUUGAGAGUAUAGCCCUAAAAUCACUGAAAAAUCACCCAUCAAAAUUCUAACGGGUGCCCAAGCUCUAAAGAAGAACGGGGGGGCCCGCCUUGCGGCCUCCGCGUUGGUGCGUCUGCCCGGGCCCGCCGCACGGGAGGCACGCCCGCAUAUUGGAGGCGUUGUCCCGCCCCGGGGAAAGGGUGCGCCGCAGAGCGCGGCCAGGGAGGCGGGCCAGUCUGCCCUUUGCCGUCCGAGCCCGCCCCGGCGGCUUUCGCUUCUGCCCUGCCCUCCGCGCCGCCCCAUGGCAGUCUUUUGGCCGGCCUUGUGCUUCGGCGCAGCCAGGCGGCCUGUUGGCCCGCCUCCGUCCGCCCCGGCGCGCGCCCGUCCAUUUCGCCGGGGGCCCCGGGCCUUCGCUCCUUGUAUUGCCCGGCCCGUGCGUGUGUCCCACGCACUCGGCGUGCGGGUGUACCGCCCGCGCCCUAGCCAGAAACUGCCUGCGUGGCGCGACCCGCCCGCGCGGGCGGGCACGAAAAAGGGGCCGGCCCCAGGACAGGCGUGCGUGGGCGAAGGGGCCCGCAGGAAGGGUGGCGCCACUUAUUUUGCCCACUGGACUGACUGACUUCGCCCGGUCGGUCGCAAUGGCGGUGGGCACGCACCCACGCAGGCAAACCAGCUCGGCGGCCGAACUGCCGGCGAGGGCCCGAGGAAGGAUGGAGCAGAGAAGCUGCAUGCCGCCGCCCUAAUGAGGAGACUGGCAAAAAGAGCAGGGGUGGGGCCCGCCAAAAGUUGGGCGGCAGUGGGCCUCGGCCCGGGCAUCCACCCCAUGUGCGCGCCCAUGCUAUGGGCACCGUUGUGACAGCCGGGCGGGCCGUGCCCGGCCUGCCGCGCGCGGCUUUCUCUGGGCCCUCUCGCGUAGUUCGGGUCCAGAGGGGCCGUGGGUCUUGGUCUUGCUUUUCCUUUAUCGGUCGCCGCGCCGCCGUGUCCUGCAGAACAUUACUCAAUAGGCAUAGCCAUUAUUUAGUCAUGACGGCGUGGCACGGGAGUAAAGACCUUGGAAUUAAUGCGGGCAGGGUGCCUAACCCGCGGGGGAGAAAACAGUCCAAAGCCCGGGGCGGUUGGAUGUGGAUCAGGGGCAAAUUUUGUGUAUGUGCUGGAUAUUUAUUGUUGAAAUACUUUUGAAAAGCUUUGCGCGGUCCGUUUGUAGGGUAGCUUUGCCUUUGCCAUCGCGUCGCCUUAUAGCUUUGUCUUUUGUCGCCGCAUUCCCGACAUCGCACUACCAUGGGGAUUGAGUAUAUUCCGCAUGGAAAACUCGCGCAAAUUGUUAAAGAGCACCAUACCGCCGCGAUUGGGGUUUUUAUGAUUUUUCGGUUUUCGGUUUUGGGUUUUAUAUAGCAAAAUCUCCUCCCUGGUCCUCCCUACCCUGGGACCCGGGAUUCUAUAAACUCUUCUGAUGUAAACUUCUACCCAAAUCGAAAUAAUAAUAAAUGAUGGUGAUCGCCCGUAGAAAUAUCAUACCCCACGACUGGAAGUAGCUACGUACCUACCCUUUAAGAAUUCUCUUCCGUAGUUAAAACAAGUGACGGAGCGGCCAUCUGCACUUGAUCCCUCCACGGCUUCGUCCCCAAAAACCUUUUUUUCCGUGCACAGUCUUUGGAUCUGUGUGUAACGCAAUCUGAGCAGUCGAACAUGUUGGCUAGAU